GUAGGUUGCUGCUCUUUCAUCCGUUGUGUCACGCUCACCGGCAGGAUGAGAUUUGCUGCAUUGCUGCUGAAAACGUUUCUUUCUUUUCCUUUUCCCUUUCCACUGUACCCCUUUUAUAUGUCGUUUUGUUUUUCAUCUACGACUGCCUUGUGAAAAGUCAAAAUAAGGCGCCUGGAUGCUAUUUAUUAAAAAAAAGAGUCGUCUCUUUUUUUUGUUUUCUUCUCUUGCGCGACUCGCACUGAUGGGAGUGCCCUCUUUGCACCGACAGGAAGAAAUCGAAACACGACGCUGUCCAUCAAUGAACUUUCGAAAAACCGAAUAGAAGCCGCCGUACUAGAGUGCUGUCAUCGUAUGCGAGUGCAACGGCAUGAGAGUGUUUUUCGCGACGAGCAAGACCGGUGCGGCAACACAUGGGCCAGGAAGCUCAUUUGGAACUUCUGCAGUUUUUUCUCCCAUUUGUUGCGCACAUUUGACAUGCGGUGACGGAGUGCGCGGAGGAUGGACGUCGUCGUGGAAAAUUUCCUCUCUGGCGUUUUCAAAAGAGAAAAGAAAACUUUUUUAUUGUCAUUUUUAAUUCUAAAUCUGUUCCUUCCGGAAAAAAAAAAGUAUCUAAACAGAUUAUAAGGUCAAAGAAGCUGUACUGGAGGACAUUGUCUAGUGGCAACACUAUGUCAGGCAAGCGUGACCCCCAUUGACUUUGGAUCAAUUGGAGGUUGCUCUUCUCCUCGUUUUUUUUUGUUUUUACGCGUUCUUUCCUUCCCAGAGGAGGUAAAUAUACAUAUUACCUCGUCUCCUUUCUGUUUUCUGUCACCUAUUUCAAAGAUUUCUUUAUCACCGUCUAUAUAAAAUAAUAAAGAAAGCUUUCAACAUCAUCUAUAGGAGAAGCCGUGUUCUGCCUGCGUCACAGCGGAAGCUCAACAAGGCGGUAUUCAAGAUUGUGAAGUUAUGUUUUUUUUUUCACUCCUAGUAGAAGGCAGCGAACAGGGAAGCAGACUCCUGUGACCUGCGCCCAGACCGCUACAACGCACCGCGAGUGCCUUUACGCAGCCAACUGAGCUAUUUUUUUUUCCUUUCUGCGCUGUGCGACAUCAUUGCAUCUUGAACUCUCGUUUCAAGGCCUCACAACUAUCUUUCUCUUCAUUUCCGCCGUUUGUCUGCCCUCAUCUUUUUUCUUGUUGUGAGGUGAGAACACCCGCUUUUAACCGCCCCAGCGAAAGAAAGCUGCAUUUAUAUAUUUUUUUCUGCGUGAGAACGACGAGAGCGUCAAGGAAGCGAACACCAACGCCAAUUGCAGACGUGCAAUAGAGUUGAAGGGCGUUUUCCUCCCCUUUCCCCUUUCUUUAUAGCAGUGUAGUGUGUGUUUGUGUUGGAAAUAGUUCCUCCUCCGUGCAACCAUGCGCUCGCAUCGGCAUCCGCGACCGCCCUUCGCCGAUGUCUCCUCGGAGGUCCUGGAGAAGGCCUUCCAUCCCUUCGACAAGCUCGUGAUCGGCCUCCCGCCUGCCAUGGCGAGCUGGACACGCGCGUACGGGUCUGCGACGGAGUGGAGGUCUCUACCUCCCAACCCACUCAUGCCGGGUGCCCGCCGCCCGCACAACGGCGGCGACGCUCCCCCAGCAGCUGAGACAGCAGAGGCGUCGCCUUCACACCUGCGAGGACGCGAGGAGGAGGGGCCCCAUACGCAGCCCGCUGGGCGACUCCCAGCGCGGCCCUUCCGGUGCGACGCCUGUGAUCGCGACUUCGCCGUUGAGGAGAAGUACGAGGAGCACAUGAAGACACACAUCUACUGCACCGUGCCGGGCUGCAACUUCACCUGCCGCGAGCACCGCGCCCAGCAGAUGCAGGAGCACAUGGAUGCCUUACACAACCGCGCCGACGCACCCAACUUGGCGGAUACGGGACACUACCUCGAGCAGCGCAAGCGGCGUUUCCCAACGCAGGAGGUCAUCAAGGGUAAGGUGGAGGAGCUCUACUACAAGGCGGCGCGCGGCGUCGUGCUGCCGGAUGAGCGGCGGCGGUGGCUGCGGCAGUACGGUAUCGACGUAGGCAAGCGAGCCCGCACGGAGGCGUCAUUCAUUGCCCGCGGCAGCCUUCCGGAGCACUCGCGCUCGCCGUCGGCGCCGUCGGACGCAGCGUCGGAGACAUCAUCGCACUCGUCCGAAUCGCGUCGUCGCCGUCGUCAUGAUGGUGGCCGUAGUGAGGAUGGGGAGCAGCGCCGCUCUCCUCCGGCCACUCGCCCGCCUCCGUUGCCGCCGCAGGGGCAACAAGAGGAGGUUGUUCGGCCUCGCUUUGUUCAGCCGCCGUCGCAGCUGCUGGAGGACCCAACGGCACCGCCUGGUGCCCACGCCGCCGCUCCCGCGCCGCCGCAGUCUUCUCGUGCUUCUCCGCUCGCCUCGCCUUUGUCUUCGUCCUCGCCGAAGCAGCCCUCUGCCCCGUCUGGGCCGAGUCACCUCACCAAGAUGAUUCCACUGGGCCCCAACGGCACCUUGACACCACGGCAGCGGGUGCAGCUGGUGCGGGAGCGUUAUGCGGCUGCCAAGGAGGUGCCACAGUUCUACGUCUGCCACCGCUGCGGCACGAAGGGCGAGCACUGGGUGGACGACUGUCCCACGAAAGGCGACCCGACGUACAACCGACGUGUGGUAUGGGGGGAGGCGAAGAUGGAGGCGGGGGACGGCAAAUCCAACGCGGCGAUGAGGCGGGAGCGCGGCAGUCGCAGCCGCAUUGCGCAGAAAGGGGAGGAAGAAGAACAGGGUGCGCAGCGCCCCGCUGGGCAGUCCGAAGAGAAGGAAGGGAGGGCCGAGGAGCCCCAGCGCGAGCCCCAGCAGGAAUCAGCCGCACCAGAGACCUGCGAAGUACACGGAGAGACGCCAGAGGCGGCCCCGCCUCGUGAGCCCAGCGGCAACGACAACGACAACGGCGAGGACGACGCCCCGCCAGCCCCGCAGUCCGCUGCGCCACCGGCAACUGAGCCAAGGGAGGUGACGCGUGUGAUGGCGCCGGUGGCCGCGGCGCGAUACGCUCAGCCGCAGCGUCGCGAUCCCCUGCGCCGUCCACCGCCUCCCCUUACCCUGUAUGAGCGACUGACGGAAGAGGAGCGCCUGAACGAGCAGGGGGUGCUGCUGCAGGCGAUGCGCUUCUUUGCGGCCCAUGAUUUCUUCCCGGAGAAGAAGUGA